AUGGUCACCUUACCAUACAUCAAGGGAGUGACGGAGCCCUUGGAGAGAGUGUUCAGGAAACACAACGUGGCAACGGCAGUGAAGCCCAAAACAACACUGAGAAGCUUGCUAGUGCACCCGAAAGACAAGCAACCGGACCUAGCCAAAACUGACUGUGUAUAUCGGAUUCCUUGUAAGAGCUGCGAUGAAGUGUACAUUGGGGAAACGGGAAGGACUUUUGGGACCAGACUUGAGGAACACAAGAAAGAGGCCAACAACUUGAACACUACCAAAUACACGAGAUUCAAGAAAAGACAAGCACAGAAAGAAGACAAGAAAUCCGCGGUCACGGACCAUGUUGCUAGGAAGAACUGUGUCAUUGACUGGGAGGGGGCCAAGGUUAUAGAUCGUGAAGAUCCGUUGGAUUAA